AUGACAGCUGUCAGUACGUUCGGAUAUUGUCUAUGCAUUACUUUUGUGUUCACGGAGGUUGCUUCAUGGACGACCGAUUUGGAAGAAGUGAGGAGAUAUUUUGAUCAUCAAAAGCAACACGACGACUAUCAUCACCAUUUGAAUGGCUAUAAUGACGAUAAUUAUGAAGACUACGAUGGUAUGGAAGGGCAGCAUGGCAGGCAAUACGCUGAGGAUUAUGGAUACGAGACUUAUAUGGAAGGGAAGGUGCACGGGAUCAUUCGCAAAGGCACUAAGUACUUGGAAGGUUUGAAGUUGGCGAUGGAGAAAUAUAAGCAGACGAUAGAGAAUUGCAGUAGGAUCGACUUCACAGCGUUUGACGAGAAUAUCAAUACGACCGUCGUGCCUGGACUGAAAUGGAACGACACGUCACAGUCGCUUCCUUCAAACUCAAGCUGGGUACCCGGCCUAAAUACAAACCCUGCUUUGCUGCAAAUACUGAAUUCCAGUGCAUCCGCGAUAGGAGAUUUAAACCGGAACUCAGCAGAAGGGAAUUCUAACACAACGUGGCGAUCGGCGUUGGAGGCACCGAUUAGAAAUCUGACAGAGAUGGAAACUGAAAGGAUUAAAUGUGAAAAAGCUACCAAGGAGACAGAACACGUUAGGAGGCUGGCUGAUCUCGCGUUGUGGACUACGAGAGAGUUGCAGGAUCGGGCGAUGAGCGGGAUACCUUACCCCGGUCAUCCAGGCCACGACGACGAGGAUAAGGAACUGCUCAUACGAUUGGCGUGGUUCCUGGAUCGGCUUGCCCAGAUUACUGGGUAUGAACCGGACGUGAGCGAUUUUGUUGUUGUCCCUGAGACAACGACCAGUACGACACCAGCGCCGCUAAAUCCGUUGGCGCUGCCAAUCCCUGAAGACGUCAAGCGUCAAAUGAUGAGCUGCAUCCAGCGGAACUCGAGUGCGCCAGCCACGGAGCGCUGCGCCAUCCCGGUCCAACUGCCCCCACUGCUCAGGAUGGUGCUUAACCUUACAGAAGACAACGCCACGGUAACUGUAAACUCCUCUACACAGACGGUUUUAGAUGCCAGUAGUGAAGUGCCAACAGAUCCAUCCACGUUACCAGAUAUAUCAACUAUUCCACCCCCAGAAGAACCCAGUGUCCAACCUUCGAACACAUUAGAAAAAUUGUGGUCUGAUGAAAAUAAAAAGCUGUCAAAAUUCCCGCCUUCGGAGGCCGUCAAAUCCAUUCAGAAACGCUCCGCCAAUGACCCAUUGUUGAAAGUAAUGAAAUAUUAUGUCAAAGAUAAGCUCUUUGAUGGAUCUAAUCCUAAAGAGAGUAAAACUGAGAGAAAUAAAGAGAAUUUCUAUAUUGAUAAUAAUAUAAACAAACCGAAAUCAAUUCAAAAACGUUCUAAUUUUGUUAAAAGGGCAAUAUUGUUGCACAUUCCAAAAGAAACGCAUAAAGAUAUCAGUCCGUACGUAAACCACAAAUCCGGUGUUUAUUACAACACAGAUAAAUCCCUUAAAGAACAAAUAAAAACUUAUACAACGAAAAUGCGUGAAAGCGAUACAUUUACAAUAAAAAAUAAUAUAAGAAAAUCGAAGAAAUCUUUGAAAUCGAUACAAAAAAGGUCGAUUAAUUAUAAAAAUAAGAUAACUGUUCGUGAACCGGAAGAUCCGACGCAAGAUAUUAGUUAUUAUGUUAAGAACAAGCCAGGCACGAAUAUUAAACCAUCUGUGGCGGGGGCAAUUGAAGCAAGGUUAGGCUUGGAAAGAAUUUUCCAGACUGGCAACAUCGAAGUAGUGAGAAGAUAUGGCUCUAAUUACAACCCUUUGAUUCCAUCGCCGUUCUAUUUCGGCGUUAUUAAAACUAUUUCGGAUGUUUAA